GAUCCUGAACAUCUGUGUGAAGAGUUAGCUGUAAAAAUGACUAUGCAGGAAAUAAUGUGUUAAUGUGCUGACAACAGUUUCCUGCACAAGAGGAGUUGGGGUGUGUUUUACACCCUGUAGACCUAUUGGCUGCAAAUGCUGCAAAUGCUACAGUGCUGCAAAACACAUAUCAUGUGAUCGGCUGUCGAGUUUGUUAUCUUCAGCCACUGUUGAAGGGACUUUCCUGUCAAGUUUCCUCUUGUCAACGAGCAGAACGUCCACACAUUACAGCUGGGAAGUCGUCAACUGUACCAGGACAAAUGGAGAAACGCUACGACCCCAAAGAUCGCACUCUGAAAUUUGUGAAAAGUAAAGAUGAAAUCACAGGAGAUGAUGAUCCCAACAUUUUGCGAGCUGAAAUGUCGUGCACGCAUGCAGUGGACCCCAACUCACUGACCCAGUGGUGUCGCAGUCUCCUGGAUCGGGGUCAGUACAAGUUUUACUGCCCAGCGCUGAAAAAUGGAACGACAGAGAACUGUGGACAGGAGUGGUCCUACCAUGAAGUUCGCCAACUGGCAGUGCUGACCAGUGAGGAGCAGCGACAUUUUGAGGAAACAGUCGCUGUGUUGGCUGCUGCUGAGUAUUGUGAAUAUAAAUCAUGUCCUGGCUGUCAAACAUUUGUUGAACGCACAGAUCUGAGUAACCUGAAUGUCCGCUGCACCAUCUGUACAGCAGAGAAAGGCCAUGUUUAUGAGUUCUGCUGGCAGUGCCUGAAACAGUGGAAGGGACCGGGUCCACGUUCUGAUCGAUGCAACAACGAUGGCUGCACCAACAUGGAAUUGGAAAUCCUCCGCACCUGUCCAUUAGUCAGCCUCGUAGAGACUGUGGUGAAGAAUUGCCCUUCUAUUCGAGCCUGUCCGACGUGUGGCAAGCUGCUUGAACACAACCAGAGGGGAUGUAAAAAUAUUAUCUGUUGUAGGUGUCAUGUUGAAUUUUGCUUUGCCUGUCUCGAGCUGACUCCCAUAUGCCAGGCACAAAGACCCGAGUCGUGGUUUGAUGUCUGUGCCAAAGGCAUUAGUCCAAGGCAAACUGCAAUCCCAACAUGGCAUAGAUAUGACUAAAUACAUUACACAAAGAACAUGGCACCAAAUGCAACCUUAUUCCCAUGGCACUCAGCUUUACCUUACUAACAUUCCUCCAAACCUUCCCCUGACAUUUACACUUUUGGACUUUGUGCCUGACUUUACCAUCUGAUUAUUCAUUCACCGUUGAAAAACUGAAGCAACCACCCUCAAGCCAGCACAAACAUUGCUUCCUGCUGUAUCCAAGUUUCACUCUGACAUGUUCUGAACAUGACCAUUUGCAGCCAUACUGCCUUACCUGACUUGAAUUGAGCUUCAGAUUUGAUAUCUGUGCCCUCAGACAGGCCACCUAUUUUCAUUGUGGUUAUAGUGACACAGUUCUGCCUCUUUAGUUAUCUGUGUCUUUGUGAUGCCUAGAUUUCACUAUUCUAGUGCAUGCUGUAAACAGGUAGUCAAUGAAGCUCGACUGCCUAUGCCCAAACUUGCACUGACCACACCUCAAUUAGGUAGGUACAUUGCAAUUAAGCAUUGCUGUGAUUCCUGAUCUUGUCCACUUUUUGUAACCUCCCCCCCUCAACCCACAACCUGGAAUCUACAACGUUUAGAGAUGCCCACACGCCUUCAAUGCUCAUGCAGUGAUGAUUUCAUCAUUGCUUAUAUUGCCUGGACCUUAAAUACUGCAAUCCCCUUCCUAAUUAUCCUAAUCCCUCUACCAUUAACAGUGAUCAUAAUUCAAUAGGUAUCUUAAUAUUCAACCGAGAUUGUCAUAAACAAUGUUGUAUAAGUGUAAACCUUUUUAACUUUGUAUCGCUAGUAUUCUUCUGCACAGUAAGAUCAGGUUCACAGAAACAUUCUUCACCUCUCCAGUCAAAACAAUCAUGGAAAGAGAACUGGGCCACAGCUUAAAUGAACAUUGUAACCAAUCUUUCAUAUUUGUGAAACUGAAGUAAAUAAAAACUCUUCAUUAAUUCUUAGUUAAAGCUGACAUGUGAAAUAAUAUGUACAAUGACGUAAUUAUAUUCAUUUUAUUAUCAUGGUUGGAAUAUUUUAUUAAAUUUUCUUAAACCCUGCUACGUGACAGGACCUGAUAAAGUAAUUGAAUCAAUCAGAAAGCUUUAUACCUGACUGAUAAUGAGAUUAAUAAUUUAAACUGAAAACAGAUGGAUGAACGCAGAUAAACAAAGUAUGUGUUUCGACGCCGAUUCUUUUAACAGAACAAACUUCCAAAGAUUGUAUUUGUAGCCUCACCAUUGCACUGUGAGCCCUCAAUUCUGCCACCCAACCAGAAUGAACAGGAGGAAGUGGCAGCUACUCCAUUAUUGUGGACACCCGCACAACACAAGGAAUAAACAUAGAAUUAUUGAAAAUAGUUGCAGGAGUCGGCCAUUCGGCCCUUCGAGCCAACACCAUCAUUCAAUAUGAUCAUGGCUGAUCAUCCAAAAACAGUACUCCAUUUCUGCUUUUUCUCCAUAUCCCUUGAUUCCAUUAGCCCUAAGAGCUCUCUCUUGAAAACAUCCAGUGAAUUGUCCUCCACUGCCUUCUGUGGCAGAGAAUUCCACAGAUUCACAACUCUCUGGGUGAAAAUGUUUUUCCUGAACUUAGUCCUAAAUGUCCGACCCUUUAAUCUUAAACUGUGACCCCUGGUUCUGGACUCCCCAAACACAGGGACCAUGUUGUCUGCAGCUUUGAGGGAACAAAUGCACUAACAUGAUAGAAAUGUGUUUUUCACUAUUAUUGAGAGACUCGUUCAGUUUUGUUUUGCUUACUUCUGUUUAGUAAAUUCAGGGUCUAAAAUUAGCCGAUCAUUUAUCAUUUACUGCCAAAGGACUUAAACCUCCCCAAGUUCUUUAACAUAAGAUAAUUUGUAUUGCAUGUGAUGGAAUUGGUAUUAUUUGAUGCAGUCACCAAUCAUUUCAAUGGCCUAUUGUGAAUGAUAUGCUUAAUAUCAACUGAAUAAAUGAUUGUGCAAUGA